UAUAGAUUAUCAGAAUAGCUCUUUUUAGCUUAUUCCAAGAAGUUCUAUGGUAAAAUUUAUAGAAUAAGCACUCGUAUAAAAAAAACUUAUUGAAUAAGUGCUUAAUUGAGCUGUAUUUCCAAAUGCACCCUUAUUGGGUUUGUAUUUUUUUACUAGUAAUUCAUUUACCUCUUGCUAGAGUAAAGAAUGGGUGACAAGAAGAAGAAGGCUCAGAUGUUUGUCAAACUAGUUUCUGCAGCUGGGACUGGAUUCUUCUAUGUUAAGAGGAAACCAAGGCAAUUUACAGAGAAGCUUGAGUUUCGAAAAUAUGAUCCUAGAGUUAAUCGCCAUGUUCUGUUUACAGAGGCCAAAAUGAAGUGA